AUGUUUAAGGUCUUGCUCCUUGGAGAUGCGGGUGUUGGAAAAACAAGCCUGAUGUGGCGCUUUUCAGAAGACGUUUUUAACAAAACGUACAUCUCAACCAUCGGAAUUGAUUUCAAACUGCGUACCAUAGAGGUAGAAGGCAAGCGUGUACGAUUGCAGAUCUGGGAUACGGCGGGACAGGAACGCUUCCACGCUAUCAGCGUUUCUUAUUACCGCUCCGCCAUUGGGAUUAUGCUCGUGUACGACAUUACAAGCAGGCGUUCCUUUGAGAACAUUGCAAAAUGGCUGCGGAAUAUCGAUGAACAUGCAAAAGAAGAUGUAAUUAAACUGUUGGUUGGCAACAAAUGCGAUUUGCGCGGACCUAGAGCUGUUAAACGCGAAGAGGGAGAACAGCUAGCUACUGAAUACGACAUGUCGUUUUUUGAAACCAGUGCUAAGGAAAAUGAAAGCAUCGAGGAUGCCUUCGUAUGCAUGGCUCAAGAAAUAAUGGAAAAAUUUGUUCCAGGAUGGGUUAAAAACGACUAUAACAAACCUAAAAAGGUAGAAAUAACAGACGGAACUACAAGAAAAAGCCGAAAAAAGGAAACAAAGUGUUGUUAAGAGCAUAGAAACUUAAAAUAUUUUACAAAUUUAUACAGGAUUAUAGGUAUAUUUCAAUUUCCAACGAGCGCUUAAAGAUCAUACCGCAUUUGUCAUCAUAGCAUAAUGUUUGUUUACAUUUUUUGAUACAGCAGGUAUUAUAAAUAUUUUAAAAAGCUUGAGAUGUGCACUGGUGCAUAGUUUGCACUUUUACCGGCCGUUGCUGAAAACGAUAUAAAAAUGGCACGUCUUACAAAAGCUAGUCGCUCCCGAUCGAGCGCCGCCAUGUUGCAGUUUUCUUAAAUUUCUCGGUAUUCAUUUAAUCUAAUUUGCAAAGUCUGGCAAGGCUUAAAGUUUGAGACCCACCCAAACCGUGUUUUCGGCUUUAAGCUGAAUUACCAGUUCAUUAGUGUAGCUAGCGCUUGAGAGUGAAAAAACUCGCUGGUGAAGACCCACCGAAAACGCUAUUGAAAACUGAAAACAUUGCGUCCGAAUGCUCGCUUUUCAGCAAAGUUGCAUCUGAUAUUCAAAAGCGAAUAAAUAAUUCAGCAUAUAGAAUAAUUUUCCUUCAUUUUAAUAUCCUAGGUAAUUUGGAUAGCACGAACGCAAACUUUAAAGCGUGGCCCAAUAAAGAUCUGAAACGUGUCAGUUCAGAAACGUGUAAACGUUUACUUUUAUAAUAUUUCAGUAUCAAAUAAACAUAACCGUGAUUGAAGAAGUUUUCUUUUUCAACAUGUUUCACCGAAAAUCAUUUGCGUGACAACGUUGAUCACCUGUGACGCAGCUAAAAAAAGAAAAGGAGCUCCCCACCGUCCCCUCCCAACCCAAAACUUUCCAUUUUCUUUUUUGUUUGUCUCAUGGUCAGCGGCUCAGCGUAUGACAAUAACAUUCAAAAUGGCGACCGAAACGUCGACUUCAGCUACAAAUCAGUCGAAAAAUGUACUUAUCGGAGUUACAGGAAGUGUGGCGAGCAUUAAACUAUCCAAGCUUGUGGAAGAGCUGCUUCUGUUACCGUCAAAGGUACUAAUCAUUUCUUAUAGGAAUCGAGUGAAAUUUAAAGCAUGGCAAUGUCAAACGAUUCUGAUCUUGCAGGUUAAGCACGCAUUUUUCUUAUUUCUAGCCAAAUAUCCAAGUCAUCGCUACAGAUUGCUCAACCCAUUUCUUUGAUGAGAGCAAAAUUCGUGCAAAAGUUUUCAGGGAUAAGGAUGAAUGGGAGGUAAGAAAGUUUGACCUACGUUGCAAAUGUUGCUCUUCCUCUAAGCUUACAUUGAUUUCUUGGAGGCAGAGCCUUGGUAACGUUACCUGACCUAAUUACAUGAGAAUGUGUGACAAAUAGGAGCAAGGGUAACCGGGAGGCAGUUGUCAACGUUCUAUACUACCUAACAUAUAAGGCCUGGGGGUGGAGCACUCCCCUAUUGAUAUAUGCAUGCUGCAGAGCAGAGUAUGGUUUUCAGGGUCUUGAUCCUUAAACAGGGUGUUACCUUGAACAGGAUGUGAGCAUUGGUUGUACACAGUCUACAAGCAAAAUUGCAUUUCUUACAUUGUGGGUGCAGAGAUUAUCUAGCAAAUCAAGCAAGCAAUUAUCCGCUGGUUGUACAGUGUAGGUCUGCCCCCUAUUCAGUGGUUGAUCCAGGGGAGAGGCUCAGGGGGUCUGCCCACCGCCCCCCUCCACCUUAUUUUAAGACUAAACUGAGGUCCCAAAGGGGCAAAAAAUUUUUUUUUGAGACUGCCCUCCCCCUUAUGUCACGUUCUAGAUGACUACCACCCCCCCCAUCUGAAGGUUUGGAUCCGCCACUGCUAUUUGUAAGGUAGUAUGUAUUGAAAGUUAACCACCCACCCCUCCCCCUGCUGGUCCCAACAUGACAAGUAACCUUACCAAACCUUACCACCCACCCCUCCCCCUGCUGGUCCCAACAUGACAAGUAACCUUACCAAACCAUUGUACUUGCAAACUUGUGAUUUAUUCCACACAUUUGGUGCGUAACAAAAUAAUAAAAUUUAUUCUACAUAGCUCUCUCUUAAGAGCUCACCUCCUUUCCUAUCGCUGCUUUAGUGUACUGUUAUUGUCUCUCAGUGGAUUGGGAGAACCUAGAAAACAUCCAAUCUAGAGCACCCUAUCGAGAGUUAUUAAAAAUUACAACGGGGUGGAUCAGUCUUAGAGGCCAAAAUCUUACAAGAAAAGUCUGAAGUUUUAAUUUAAAUUUCCAUAGGGGUGGGGUGGGAAAGGAGCUGAAACCAAAAGCCCUCCAUGGGGGGAGUGUGAUAUCUUCUGGUCUUCACUGCUACCCCACCCCCAGUGGCAUAUCCAGGGGAGGGGCCCAGCCUCCCCCCCCCAUCUUAGGGUCUGGAUGCCAACCCCCCCCGUCAUCUCAAGGUCUUGAUCCGGCACCAACCCCCGGCUUUCUUUCGUAGUGAUUAAGUCUAAAUUCUUGAGGCUUCAUUAGAUAUAUACAUCAUAAUACCUUUAGAAGAGUUGGAUCUUUCUUCCUUGUCUUUUGUUUAAUGAUAGGCAUGGAGAACAAUACAAGAUCCUGUUUUACAUAUUGAGGUAAACUGAACCCUGAAAAACCUUUAAUUCCCACAUAUGGGAACAAUUGACAACUACUGAUAAUUAUAACUUUUGAGUCGUGAAAAAGUUCUGUGGUGUAACGAUUUAGUUACUAGUAGUUUCACAUGAUACUAUUAUUUGCUUCUCAUCAUUUGAUGAUAUUGAAAUCUUGUACAAGAUUUUUCCUCAAUUUAAAUAAUGAUAAUAACGUGAUGUUAGGCUUCUUUAGUGUGACAUGAUUGUUAAAUCUUGCUCAGAAAGCCAGCAAGGUAAUUAUAGAUGUAUGACUUAAGAAAAACGACAACUUAGUUUUCCACCACACUUUAACUUUGAGCCCUCCAACUACCAUAAAAGCUAAAAUAAAAUCAUGUAUGUUUAAUUUCUGGUAAGUUUGAUGUAAGCUUUUUGGAAACAGAAUUUUUUUUGUCAAAACUUCCUCACAAUAUGAAGUAAUAUGAGGUUCAUCAGGAAGGAUCCCAUAAUAUAAGUACCCUAGUUGUUGCCAUAAAUCCUUGAUGUAUUGAUUUUCAGUAGCUACGACGCUGGGCAGAUCUUAUGGUUAUUGCUCCACUAGAUGCCAAUACAAUGGCCAAGAUUGCAAAUGGAUUGUGCGACAACCUUUUGGUGAGCAUUGCAAUGUUUGCUAUAUACAUUGUACUAUAAUAAAACUGAUUUUUAAAAUAUUUAAGUUGAACUUGUCAGUUUUUAUGAUAGGGUUAUACUUUUUGUCUUGGCUUGAACUAGUUUCUUUAUUACACAGCAUGAAAAGAAGAGUCUCAAACCAAAACCUUAUGAUUUAAUUUGUUUUUCUUCUCCAAAGAGAGUGAUGAUAAUCACAUUACUCUUGGUCCAAUUUUAUCAGAGACAGGGAGCUAAGUCUUUUUUUCAUUAAUCAAGUAACCAAAAGAAGGUGUCCUUUACAUGUACAUGUAAGGCAGCAUAAAAAUGAUAAUAAUUAAGAAAAAUUUUUCUAACCCAGUAAGCUCUAGUCUGAACAAACUAACAGAUGACAAAAGUGACAAGGCUGCAUGGUGCAAUUAAUGUCAUGGACAAGGACAUUAAUAUUGACUGAGAUUUAAUGCCCUUAUGAUUUAGUGUCAUAGCCAGUUUGCUAGGAAGUUCUGGUUUACUUUCAUACAUUUUUUAUGUAACUCUUCAACAGACUUGCACAGUUCGUGCAUGGGACAUGAAGAAGCCACUGCUAUUCUGUCCAGCGAUGAACACUUUCAUGUGGGAGCACCCAAUUACUUCUAGUCAUGUUGAACAGCUGGUAAACAUUGGAUAUACUCAUGUUCCACCCAUCAGAAAAACUCUAGCUUGUGGUGACACAGGUAACAACUCUAUCUUUUUUUAA